AAAACAAAAAAAAAAGGCAAAAAAAAAAAAAAAUUGAAUUAAAUAAUAAUGAGUACUAAAUCAUUCGAAGUACACUCUCCCUGUUCCAAGUUGUGCGGAAUAGCUUAAGGUGAUGAAGUGACCUUUGGUCAUUUCGAUCAUUUUACUUCUAGUAGAAUUGUACUUAGUUCUUUUCAUUGUAAAUUUACCAUACAACAGAGGAUUUCCCACCCACUAAACGCAAUGAGCACAUUUACCAGAAGUGUCACCCCAUCUACGCCGGUUGGUCCUGGAAGACCACCUCAAACGCACCAUACUGUUCAAUCGGUUACUUGGGUUAAUGACUGGUAUAAUCCAACCGAAGAUUUUGGGUCGGUGGAUUUUGCAAACAUUAAAUUGAAAGGCUGGUAUCGAGACGAUCGUAUUCCAAAGAAAGAUAAUAGUUUUAACCCCAAUGAUGUAUUAGAUUUGGCUCAAUGGAAAUAUUAUAAAGAAGUGCCUUUGGUUGAACAUAAUAUAGUUAAAAACGAGACCCCGGUUGCUGGUGCUUCUUCUCAAUUGGGGAAAGGUGUUACUUUUGCUGAUGGAACCAAUUUCAAUGAAAAUAACGGAGACACUGCUAUAAUAGCGGAAAACGCUGGCAGUGAAGAGCCUUCCACUAUCCAACCUAAUGGGAGUGUUGAGGUUACCAAGGAGCUCGAUAGCGAAAAACUAUCUAAUGCCAUUAAAAUCAAUCCCGAUGAGGGGGAGAUGGCUUCUUUAUCUGAAGCUGGAUUAGAACCAGAAAGUCAGGUUAAAUGAUGACGUUUAAAUAUUUGUUUUACUAUGUAAUUGUUACAAUAUAUAUAUAUAUAUAUAUAUAUAUCUAUGAGUGUAUUUGUCUUAUUUAAUUGAUGUCUGGUUGAGGAAUCGAUUCAUUUCUCUUAACGUUAAUAAAUGUCAUGCAAG